UUGAAAGUCUGUGGCAGGUAAAGGGGCAUAUUUGUAAAAUUGUCCUAAUGUGACAGGGUAAGCGUCCUGCUUGAUUUGAACAGGGCUCUGUCCGGUGUGUGUAAGCGAUGCGAACAUCCUGAUCUUACGUUCACAACCAUUCACAACGAGAGACGCACGGCUAAAAAUCCUAAAUCCUUCUAAUUUCUGCCGGAAAACGUUUUAUUUCGUGUUUUUAAAUACCAAAAGUUUAGCCAUCGUGCCACCAUGUCUGGUGGUCCAGCAGUGAGGAUCAGCAUUGAGUCUUCCUGUGAGAAACAAGUGCAGGAGGUGGGCUUGGAUGGACUCGAGACAUAUGUCCCCCCUUUGUCCAUGUCCCAGAACUUGGCAAAGUUGGCUCAAAGGAUUGACUUCAGCCAGGGAUCAGACUCUGAGGAGAAUGGGGUUGACAGUGAGCCCAGGGACGGAGAGUGGGGCAAGCAGGAGCCAGAGGAAGAAGAAGACACAGUGAAGUUUCAGCCAUCUCUCUGGCCUUGGGACUCGGUGCGUAACAAUCUACGCAGUUCCCUGACGGAGAUGUGCGUGCUGUACGACGUCCUCAGUGUGGUGAAGGAAAAGAAGUACAUGGCUUUAGAUCCAGUGUCUCAGGAUCCCACAGCUGGCAAGACACCCCAGGUGUUUCAGUUGAUGAGUAAAAAGAAAUCAUUGGCCACAGCAGCCCAGCUUCUCCUGAAAGGAGCAGAGAAGCUCAGUAAGUCAGUUGCAGAGAACCAGGAGAACCGGAGGCAGCGGGACUUCAACACUGAACUUCUGCGACUCCGCUCUCAGUGGAAACUCCGCAAAGUGGGAGACAAAAUUCUGGGAGACCUCAGCUACCGGAGUGCUGGUUCACUUUUUCCUCACCAUGGCACAUUUGAAGUGAUCAAAAACACCGACAUUGAUCUAGAUAAAAAGAUCCCAGAGGACUACUGCCCCCUGGAUGUUCAGAUCCCCAGUGACCUGGAAGGAUCGGCUUAUAUCAAGGUUUCCAUCCAGAAACAAUCUCCAGACAUCGGUGAUCUGGGAACAGUAAACCUGUUCAGGAGGCCACAAAAAAACAAACCUGGUACACCAUGGCACAUCAAACUGGAGGCGGCUCAGAACGUUUUGCUCUGUAAAGAAAUCUUUGCUCAACUGUCCAGAGAAGCUGUCCAGAUUAAAUCCCAGAUUCCUCACAUUGUUGUAAAGAAUCAGAUUAUCUCACAGCCCUUUCCAGGUCUGCAGCUUUCAAUUUCACUUUGCCACUGCACGGGAGACAAGAAGAUUAACCGCUCUUCUCCGGAGAAACCCAAACCUGACGACCAUCUUUAUGUGCUAGAGCACAAUCUGCAUCAAAUGAUCCGAGAGUUCCACAAGCAGCAGCUGAGUUCUGUGGUCAUGCCGCAUCCCGCCAGUGCCCCGUUCGGACACAAACGCCUGCGCCUGGCGGGGCCGAUGGCGUACGACAAGGCAGAAAUCUCCAGCUUGCAACAGAGCGAAGGGCUACUGGAGAAGAUCAUCAAACAGGCCAAACACAUCUUUCUAAGGAGCAGGACCGCCCGAACCAUCGACUGCUUGGCCAGCCGGAUUGAAGACCCUCAGAUCCAGGCUCACUGGUCCAAUAUCAACGACGUGUACGAGUCCAGUGUCAAGGUGCUCAUCACCUCACAUGGUUACGAGCAGAUCUGCAAAUCCAUUCAGCUUCAGCUCAACAUCGGCGUGGAACAGAUCCGAGUGGUGCACAGGGAUGGACGCGCCAUCACGUUGUCCCACCAGGAGCAGGAGCUGCAGGACUUCCUGCUCUCACAGAUGUCGCAGCAUCAGGUGCAUGCAGUACAGCAGCUGGCCAAAGUGAUGGGUUGGCACGUGCUGAGCUUUAGCAACCAUGUUGGACUGGGUCCAGUGGAGAGCAUCGGGAAUGCCUCCGCCAUCACCGUUGCCUCCCCCAAUGGAGAGUACGCCAUCUCAGUGCGUAAUGGUCCGGAGAGUGGCUGCAAAGUCCUGGUCCAGUUCCCCCGCAGCCAGGUGAAAGAUCUGCCCAAGAGCGACGUCAUUCAGGACACCAAGUGGAGCCACCUCAGAGGUCCACACAAGGAGGUGCAGUGGAGCCGAAUGGAGGGACGUAACUUUGUCUACAAGAUGGAGCUCCUCAUGGCAGCGCUCACUCCUUGUCCUUAGCAGCUGCUGAUCGUCUCUGGUUCAUGGAUGGCUAAACAGCAGCUCUUUGAACUAAAAGCAUGCAGGUUCUGCUUUGUUUGUGUUUAAAACCGGUCAAAAUCCAAAACACAGUUUGGUUAAACUUCUUGUAUAAAGUCAGAAACAAGCAGAUUUUCAGUAGCAACACACAAUUUCUUUUUCAUGUCACAAUAAAUACGUGCUGUGUUGUU